CUCCAACACCCAUUUUUUUCACUACACUUUUUUACCACAGCUUUCUCUCUCUAGCUGCUCCUCACCUCUCUCCCUCUCUGAAAACUUUGCGAAAAUGGCGGAUUCCAGGGGGCACUCUCCUUCCGGUGACCGCCGCAACCGCCGCAGGUCUCCUUCCCCGUGUCCAACUCGCCGGAUACUUCCACCUCCGACGACCACGCCGCACGCCGUUCCUCAGGGAAUAAAAAGCCGAUUAACUACGGCAAGCGGCGUCGGAUGUGGGACGAUGCUGUAUGUUUCCAACUUGGGAUGUAGGGUUACUGAAGACGACAUUAAAGUUCUGUUUUCAGAUGUUGGUGAGCUGAAAAGUUAUUCUCUCCACUGUGAUCAAAGUGGAAUACCCAAGGGGACUGCAGAAGUAGUGUUCUUUCGCAAAUCAGAUGCUUUGACGGCAAUAAGCAGAUACAACAACAUACCACUUGAUGGAAAACCAAUUAAGAUAGAAGAAGUUGGGAAGAUCAAUUAUGUGGAGCCUGCUUGGCCUCCAAUGCCUGCUGCUUGGCCUCCAAUGCCUGCUGUUUGGCCUCCAAUGCCUGCUACUUGCCCUCCAAUGUCUGGUAUGCUUCUGGGAAAUCCAAGACGAUCACCAUCUCUUGACUUUGUACCGCUGAAACGAAAUGCUGCUGGCACUAGAAGGCCACAGUUGGGUUCUGGAGAUGAACAAGGGAAGGAGAAAAGAAGCCAGAAAAAACAGGUCACUGCUGCUGAUUUGGAUGCUGAUCUGGAAAGGUACCGUUUGGGAUCCCAGAAUCACUAAUUAUAUGUUUUGAUUUGUAUAUAAAUCAAGAUGCAUUGAUGCACCUAAUGAAUGUGUUUAGUGAACUCUAAUCCUCAGACUCUCUCAAGUAUGUGAAUGCCUUAGCUUGAUUACUUUGCAUGGCAUUGAGCCUUUAGGUUCUAAAUGAAUGUUAUAUAUAAAUAUAUAUGCUGGAAUGACAUAGCAGUAGUUUCUCUACAUGGAGCACAUAUGAGUUAAUUACUCCUUUCGUUCUUAAAUGAUUGUCCAUUACGACUUUUUAGAAACAUUAAAAAUCAAAUGAAUUACAGUGUGUAAU